AGAGUCAUCCUCAGUUAGUCCGACAACAGUUUUGAUUGAAUCGCGUGCGCGUGAAGUCGGAUGCGGAGAAAGAUAGCAAGUUGUUGGAUUUACCACUGAACAUCUAAGUGAACUCUAUUAAAAUAUUCAGGAUUUCCACUUGCAGGUGACAAGCCAUACAACCACAGGUCAGAUAAUGGUUAUCGAAAUGAUUCCAAAUGCGACUUAUUUAUUUUUGAUGCCCCUAACCAUAAUAUUUGUGGCACUGACAAUUGACGCCCACAUUCCAAUUCACGAAAAUGAGCAAGAAGGGGAGGGGGAAUUCAUUCGUACUGCGGUGGAAAACAUUCAAUGGCAUAAUGACACCUGGCAUGCAUUCCAUUUCAAUACGCGACCUGUGUUUGGAGACGAGUUUUUACCACUGCGUAGCGCCGUGGAGAGUGUCCCUACAAUAAAUCAAAGAACCAAGGCUAAGCUAAGUAAUUCUUCUGGCAUGCGCUCAUUUGUGCGCGAUUCCGUAGAGUCAGCGCCAAUAGACGAGGAAAAACUCAGUUACAUGGAUUUUUUUUCAAAAAAUAACAGUGGCCAUGUUCUAGAUCCAGAUCCUUGGCCAAUUUCCGACAAAUACACAGCUUUCAUUACUCAAGAAAACUCAGAUGACUUUCAUUCGCAGCCAUACCGCGCCGGUUCACCCCAUCAAAAAUUGAUUAAGACGGAAAAUAUUGAGCUGGUGGAACAAAAUGAUACAGAGCAUCAAUCGUACAGCGGAUUAGAGCAAGGCGGUUUGCUAGAUGAGCAGUGGUAUGGAAGUCUACCACCAAUAAAAAGAAAGGAGUUUAAAAAGGGAUCUAAAGUCCUUUGUUACAUGUCAAACUGGGCAUUUUACCGAAGGGGAGAAGGUUAUUUUGUGCCAGAGCAGAUAGACUCUAAGCUUUGCUCUGUUAUUAUCUAUUCGUUCGCUUCCCUGGAUCCCGACCACCUUACGAUUCGAGAGUUUGAUGCCUGGGUUGACUUAGAUAAUCAAUACUACCGUCGGGUGACAUCGCUGGGAGUUCCCGUAUUAAUUGCCUUGGGGGGCUGGACAGACUCUACCGGCUCCAAGUACUCACGCUUGGCCAGCGACAACAUCAAGCGAAAGGUUUUCGCAUCCAGCGCGGCCAACUUCCUACAACGUCACGGAUUUAGCGGCCUGCACUUGGACUGGAACUACCCGAAGUGCUGGCAAAGCGACUGCUCAAAGGGACCUGUAAGCGACAGACCUAACUUGACCAAGCUUCUUCGCGAGCUGCGUACAGAGUUUCAGCGUGUUAGCCCGAAAUUUCAAGUGGGAGUGGCCAUCUCCGGAUAUAAAGAGAUUAUAACGGAGGCUUACGAAUUUUCAGCUUUGUCAGACAUUGUAGACUAUAUGACAGUGAUGACCUAUGACUACCAUGGCGCCUGGGAGCGGCAAACAGGCCAUGUAAGUCCUCUUUACGGUUCAUCAUCAGACAAGUAUCCACAUUACAAUACUGACUAUACUAUGCAGCUAUUGUUAGAAAUGGGCGCUAGAAGGGAUAAACUAAUUCUGAGCAUUCCCUUCUAUGGGCAGAGUUUUACGUUACAAAAGAGUCACCAUCAGAUUGUUGGAACAGGCUUUCCAGCCACUGGACCUGGGGAAGCCGGAGAAUGGACAAAACAGCCGGGAAUGCUAGCUUAUUACGAGAUAUGCAUGCGCAUAACAAAGUCAAAGUGGAUGAGCGAUCGAGAUGCAAACAUGAGUUCUGGUCCGUAUGCCAUGCUGAAUGACCAGUGGGUGGGAUACGAGGAUGCGGUAAGUGUCCAAGCCAAAGCACAAUAUGCGUCCAAUAACAACUUUUCAGGAGUGGCAGCCUGGACUGUUGAUCUUGACGAUUUUCAAAAUGGCUGUUGCAGCGAGUCUUAUCCCCUACUUAGAGCUAUUAACCGGGGAUUGGGACUCUUAAAUUCAAAGUCGCCUACUUUAAUGAACUGUAAGCGUCCAACGUCGGUGGUUGCGCCGGCGGCACCCCAAAUGACAACGAUCAAUAGCGAUGUCUCUACGGGACCGGGGCCUAAUCACGAUCAUACUACGUCGUGGCCAAGUUGGGAGGCCAACAGUAGCUCCACCCUUAGCACUACGAGAAAGCCAAAACCUGCAAGUACAACUAAAAAAGCAAAGGGUACAACCACUGCUAGCAGCUUUUUCUCCUGGUGGAUUUCUACUACAAGACGUCCGACAGAGCCAACGCGGACUACCUCCUUACCGAGUCACGCUACAAUCCCCGUCCCCGUACUGAUCAACCCUGUGAUGCAGACUUCGAACUGUAAGACCGGCGAGUUUUACGCAGAUUUAAUGAAUUGCAACGCUUAUUAUCGCUGUAUCAUUGGUGGGGAAUUGCGGCAGCAGUUCUGUCCAGGCGGUCUUCACUGGAACAGCGAAGCCAAAGGUUGCGACUGGCCGUCCUCCGCAAAGUGCUCAGUAAAAUGGGAACAGGAAAGCAGUUCAAAGUCGCCACGGAACACAACAACUUUAAAACCUAUGAGGGAAACCACAGAAACUGCCGUAUUUCAGCAAGUCAAUAGCCCCAUUAGCCAACCUCAAUGUCGUCCACCUCCAUCGGCCAGUUGCAACGAGGGAGAAUAUUACACGCAUAAAAAUUGCGAAAAAUUUUACAUAUGCGUUAAUGGCGCUUUGGUACCAAAUGAAUGUGGUGGAGAAUUGCACUGGGACGCAAUUAGUAAAAUCUGCGACUGGCCAGGGAACGUACAGUGUGUUACAAGUAUAAAAUAUUUUAAAACCAUUCAAGCAAUUCGCGCUAACGAGGAGGAUCCAUGCAAUGGCGAGGAGCGAGUACCUUAUCCGGCCAAUUGUUCCAAAUAUCUCUUCUGCUUAUGGAACCGUCUUCAGGCCGGUGACUGUCCGCCGGGACUGCACUUUAGUAAGGAAACCACCAAAUGCGACUGGCCAGCAGCAGCAAAGUGCAUUCAGGACUCUGCAAUUGGCACGGAAGAAGCUAGUACACAGUUUCCGGGGAUAGGCAAUCCAGCACCCACUACUCAAACACCUUCCACUAUUCCAACCUACCCCAUAGGAAAACCAGGACUUAAGCCCCUUGACGGCUACUAUAAAAUCGUCUGCUACUUCACCAACUGGGCUUGGUACCGCAGGGGCCUAGGCCGCUAUACUCCUGACGACAUUAACACGGACCUGUGCACUCACGUAGUUUAUGGGUUCGCAGUGCUAGACUAUUCCGAACUUAUUCUGCGCACGCAUGAUUCAUGGGCUGAUAUUGAAAACAACUUCUACACUAGGGUCAGCAGUCUUAAAAUUAAAGGAAUUAAGGUGAGCUUGGCGCUCGGCGGUUGGAACGAUUCGCAAGGUGACAAGUACAGUCGCCUUGUACGAAGUCCGUCGGCGAGGGCUCGUUUUGUGCGCCAUGCCAUUGAGUUCAUUAAAAAAUAUGGCUUCGAGGGUCUUGACCUAGACUGGGAGUACCCAGUUUGCUGGCAAACGGAUUGCGAUAAGGGAUUUAAUCAAGAAAAAGAGGGGUUUACCGCUUGGGUUCGGGAGCUCUCUGCGGCGUUUAAACCUCAUGGACUUUUGCUGUCUACCGCAGUCUCGCCUAGCAAAAAAAUCAUUGAUGCAGGAUACGACGUUCCCCAGCUAUCUCACUUAUUCGAUUGGAUCGCCGUAAUGACAUAUGACUUCCAUGGGCAAUGGGACAAAAAAACUGGACAUGUGGCACCUUUGUACCAUCAUCCCGAUAACAAAUUUGAGUAUUUUAACGCGAACUUUUCUAUUAGCUAUUGGAUCGAAAAGGGAGCCCCAUCUCGUAAAAUUGUAAUGGGUAUUCCGCUAUACGGACAAUCUUUCACUCUAGAGAGUGCAAGCAAUAGUUGCUUAAAUGCUAAGGCCUCUGGACCAGGCGAAGCUGGAGAAUUCACAGGAGCCUCUGGAUUCCUUGCUUACUAUGAGAUUUGUGAACGUGUCAAUCACCAAGGCUGGAAAGUAGUUCACGAUGAACUUGGGCGCAUGGGUCCGUAUGCAUACAAAGGAACGCAGUGGGUGUCCUAUGAUGACGCCGCUAUAAUCCGAAAAAAGUCACAGCUGGUGAGGUCAUUGGAGCUAGGCGGAGGUAUGGUGUGGGCCCUCGAUCUUGACGACUUUCGCAACAGGUGCGGGAAUGGCGUGCAUCCCUUGCUUCAUGAAAUGCACGAAGUGCUUAAAGAUUCACCAAAUUUAUUUAAACCAUCGACUCAAGCCGAUCUAAUGCUUGUGGAGGAGGUAUCCGUUUUAAUUGCUUCGGUUGAUGGCGAAAUUGGUGGAGAGUUGGAGGAAACAAAUGAAGUUGCAGAAACUGAUAGUAUUGCAAGCGAAGACGUAGAUGACGGCGAAAAACCUGUAGCGCAAUCUGGAGCAGAAGAUGUCAUAGCAGUUCUAGAGCAUGUAAAAGAGCCCACCAACGAGGGAGGAUCCCCAGGGACUUCACAAGAAAAUAAAGGAGAUCCUAAUGCUGACGUUCAUACGGGAAACAUAGAAAUUAAUUAUGGUUCUGGGAUGUCUUAUGACUUUAAGGUUGUCUGCUACUUUACAAACUGGGCAUGGUACCGCCAUGGAGGCGGCAAGUUCAUGCCAGAAGACAUUAACUCCGAUCUAUGCACCCAUAUAGUAUAUGGCUUCGCUGUCCUAAGUCGGGAUAGUCUGACAAUUCAGCCUCAUGACUCAUGGGCGGACCUAGACAACAAAUUUUAUGAGCGAGUUGUGGAAUACCGUAAAAAGGGCGUGAAAGUCACCUUAGCGAUAGGUGGCUGGAAUGACUCUGCUGACGAUAAGUAUGCUCGACUUGUAAGAAAAGCAGAUGCACGAGAGAAAUUUAUCCGCCAUGCUGUUGCCUUUAUCGAGCAAUAUAGUUUUGAUGGCCUAGACCUGGACUGGGAGUACCCUGUGUGCUGGCAAGUUGACUGUAAAAAAGGUACUGCAGACGAAAAGACUGGAUUCACUGCCUUGGUAAGGGAGCUUUCGCAAGCCUUCCGCCCAAAGGGGUUAAUCCUUUCCGCUGCCGUGUCCCCCAAUAAAAAAGUCAUUAACGCCGCCUACGAUAUUCCCGAGCUAUCUCGAUAUUUUGACUGGAUCUCUGUUAUGGCGUAUGAUUACCACGGCCAGUGGGACAAGCGGACUGGUCACGUAUCGCCAAUGUACGACCACCCCGAUGGAACAAUAAACUUUAACGCAAAUUUUUCAAUAAAUCAUUGGAUAUCCAGAGGAAUCGAUAGGCGCAAGCUGAUAAUGGGAAUUCCCAUGUACGGGCAGUCAUUCUCUCUAGUUGAUAUAAGUAAGCACCAGCUAAAUGCGCCCACCUACGGUGGCGGUAAAGCAGGCGAAGACACAUUGGCCAGAGGGUUUUUGGCAUACUAUGAGAUCUGUUUGAAUAUCCGCCAGCAUAGGUGGAAUGUUGUAAGGGAUGCAAAAGGUCGGAUGGGACCCUACGCCUAUCUGGCAGAUCAGUGGGUCUCAUUUGACGAUACCCCCAUGGUUCGGCAUAAAAGCGAAUACAUCAAGGCAAUGGGCCUUGGAGGUGCUAUGAUCUGGGCACUCGAUCUGGACGACUUCAAAAAUUAUUGCGGAUGUGAAUCUUAUCCUUUACUCAAAACCAUUAAUCGAGUGCUCAGAGGCUUUAGAGUUCCCCAACCAAAGUGCGUGCUCGAACAACGAGAGAACACAACGAUUUCAAAUGGCAAUCCCUUUUUCAUCAAAUCUAAAAUAGAUACUCAUCACUCAGACGGUUCUGGUCAGAAAAUGUGACAGGAAAACUAAGCUGCCCUACAGAGGUGAUGGCAACGAGUACCAACAGUAGCCACACACACACACACCCCAGGAGAGCGACGAAAUAUUCACCACGAAAAGUGCUCGCGUGAGCAGCGCCGCAUACGGGCAAGCGAGGGAGGACAUGCAAUCGAGCAGGAAAACAACCCCCGAAAAUUGGAACGUGCCAAGAGAAGAGCGAGAGAAAAGGAGUACCGAAAUUUCGAGAAGUGGAAAAAAACCCAGAGCAGCCGAAAACUUGAACAAAUCGCGGGGGCAAAGCUGCACUCUUAAAAACGCGGCGAACGGGAUCGGAAGUGCGAGCAGAGAAGUGCUUAAAGUUGUGAAAAAAAAUACCCAAGGACAGUCGAGUGACUUGUGCCAAAUGGCCCAGGAAGCAAAGGAAGGAGUGGGAAGGCGUUUACCUGGACGACCUCGAGGAGAGUGUGCCAGUUAACAACCAACUCCCAGCCUAGGCUGAGCAGGCCAAUCCUUAUGCCUUUAUUUACAUUAAUCAUUUAUCAUGUUUGUAAUUCUCUAGUAUUAAUCACUUUUUAUUAUUAUUAUCAUUAUUAUUAUUAUUAAUAUUAUACUUGUCCCUCAUGCAUGGUCCACCCUAAAUUGGGUCCACCUUAUUGGCCAUAGAGCUGAGCCGGCACAUUGUGCCAUUCCUUUUCAUUGGCUGACAGUGAUCGUAUGACUUCUGCAAAAUGUGCAAGGUCAGCGGUCUGUGCCACGGGCAUCCGGCUGUGCAUGAGCUUUUGUUCAGUCUUAAGUUUAGUUUUAAUUUGGAUUUGAAAUAAAGAGCACUAGCUCAAUAAUUAAA